UGCUGACGUUGAUUUGCUUGGUGGCCGAGAAAGGCGAGAAAACAGCGGCUCGUUCUCCAAAGAGGUGGAUAGCUGGAUGAACUAAUAUGUUCUCAAUGUUCACGUCCUAACCAAUUGGUUUUGGCUGCAUCUACUUUGUGAUACUACAAGCACGGGCAUACAUUCCAAUUGGUUCCAUUGCUGUGUAGUCAUUAUUGUUUGACCAUGGACACCUAUUAUUGGCGAGGAUUUUUGCGGUUUUGCGUGCUCAUCUCGUUAUUUUCUCAUAUCAAAGCAGAUGAACAUGACCAUAAGUAUGAGGACAAUGAGGAGGUUGUCCUGUGGAUGAACACAGUUGGCCCUUACCAUAACCGCCAGGAGACUUAUGCCUACUUCUCAUUGCCUUUCUGUCAAGGCCCAAAGCAAAGCAUCUCUCAUUACCAUGAGACCUUGGGUGAAGCUCUGCAGGGUGUGGAGCUGGAGUUUUCCGGCCUUCAGAUCGAUUUUAAGGCUCCAGUGGCCAAAACAGAAUAUUGUCAGGUCCAGUUAACCGACGAGAAGUUGAAGGCCUUCAUGUAUGCCGUAAAAAACCAUUACUGGUAUCAGAUGUACUUGGAUGAUCUACCCAUUUGGGGUAUUGUUGGAGAGAUGGAGAACGAAGGCAACGACCUAUAUGUUUGGACGCACAAGAAGUUCGAGGUGGGCCACAACCAAAAUCAAAUUGUUGAUGUGAACCUAACCUCUGAAAAUCGCGUCAAAUUGGAACCCAACGCCAAAAUCGCGUUCACCUACGAGGUGAUUUGGAAGACCUCGGACGUGAAAUUUGAGGACCGCUUUGACAAAUACCUUGACCCUAACUUUUUCCAACACAGGAUCCAUUGGUUCUCCAUAUUCAAUUCCUUCAUGAUGGUGAUCUUCUUGGUCGGUCUCGUGACCAUGAUCCUGAUGCGGACUCUUCGCAAGGAUUACGCCCGGUACUCCAAAGAGGACGACAUCGACGAUAUGGAGCGUGAUUUGGGCGACGAAUAUGGCUGGAAGCAAGUUCAUGGCGACGUUUUCCGACCUUCCUCUCAUCCGUUGCUCUUUUCCGCUCUCAUUGGCACAGGUCAUCAAGUGUGCACGGUCACGUUGGCCGUGAUCUGUUUCGCCAUCCUUGGUGAUCUCUACACUGAACGAGGGUCCUUGCUGUCCACUGCCAUUUUCGUGUACGCUGCAACCGCGCCGGUCAACGGCUACUUUGGCGGUUCGCUCUAUUCCAAAAUGGGCGGGAAGAUUUGGAUUCGGCAAAUGCUUGUGUCCGCAUUUCUUCUACCCUUCUUGGUGUGUGGAACCGUAUUCAUGAUCAACUUCAUUGCCAUUUACUACCACGCCUCCAGAGCCAUUCCGUUUGGGACCAUGGUCGCCCUGAGUUGCAUCUGCAUCUUUGUGAUCCUCCCCUUGACUCUGGUUGGUACUGUUUUGGGCCGAAAUUUAAGCGGGACUCCUGAUUACCCCUGUCGCGUCAAUGCUGUUCCACGCCCCAUUCCUGAGAAGAAGUGGUUCAUGGAACCAUUGGUCAUCAUCUUUUUGGGCGGGAUUCUACCCUUCGGAUCAAUCUUCAUUGAAAUGUAUUUCAUCUUCACCUCAUUCUGGGCAUACAAGAUCUACUAUGUUUAUGGAUUCAUGCUGUUGGUCUUUGUCAUCUUAUCUAUUGUGACCGUUUGUGUAACCAUCGUCUGCACCUACUUCCUGCUCAAUGCUGAGGACUAUCGAUGGCAAUGGACUAGCUUCUUGGCGGCUGGAUCCACCUCCGUUUAUGUCUACCUAUAUUCAUUCUACUAUUUCUUCUUCAAAACUAAAAUGUUCGGCCUAUUCCAAACGAUGUUCUAUUUUGGUUACAUGGCACUCUUCUCCCUCUGUUUGGGUUUGAUGUGUGGAACUUUGGGUUAUGUGGGUACCUCGCUAUUUGUCAGGAAGAUCUACUCCACUGUGAAAAUCGACUAAGACUCACUACUUCCACCACCAAAAUCCGUGUAUUAAUAGAUGAACUUUUCAGUUGAAUGAGAGGACCGCCUCUUUUUUGCAUUUUCACGCGAAUCAUUGCUUUGUUUUGUUGCACAAUAAAAGCUUAUAAAGUAAA